GGGACACGUGGUGCGAGCAGAGCCAAUAGGAGGCUGGCUAGGUGAUGUACCCAUGUCAGCAGAUGGUGAGGAGAGGCAGCAGUAGGAAGAGGAGUCUCAUAGGCAGCAACAAAAGGAGAAGGCGCUGCCAGACAUCCAGAGACGGGACCUCAGAGCCGGUCACAGGUAACAUUCCCCACAGUCCGGCAGCACCAUGUCAGCAAAGGCGAUCUCGGAGCAGACCGGAAAGGAAUUCCUAUAUAAAUACAUCUGCACCACCGCUGCAGUGCAGAACCGCUUCAAGUACGCCCAAGUGACCUAUGAUACCGACUGGGACAGACUUAUUCAGGACCAUCCAUGGCUGCUCACUGAGCCUUUGGUGGUAAAACCAGACCAACUCAUCAAACGUCGCGGUAAGCUCGGGCUUGUCGGUGUCAACUUGAAUUUGGACCAAGUGAAGAGUUGGUUAAAGCCGCGGCUGGGACAUGAAACCACUAUUGCCAAAGCAAGGGGGAUCCUCAAGAACUUCCUGAUCGAGCCAUUUGUUCCACAUAAGCAGGAAGAGGAGUUCUAUGUCUGCAUCUAUGCGGCCCGGGAGGGGGACUAUGUGCUCUUCCAUCAUGAAGGAGGUGUGGACGUUGGGGAUGUCGAUGCCAAGGCGCAGAAGCUGCUGGUCGGUGUGGGGGAGCGCCUGACUGAACAAGAUGUGAAGAAUCACCUCCUCGUUCAUGUAGCCCCGGACAGGAAAGAGGUCCUCGCAAGCUUUGUCACUGGACUCUUUAACUUGUAUGACGACCUUUACUUCACUUACCUGGAGAUCAAUCCCUUAGUGGUAACAAAGGAUGGCGUGUAUGUGCUGGAUAUGGCGGCCAAGAUCGAUGCCACCGCCGACUAUCUCUGCAAAGCUAAAUGGGGAGAAGUGGACUUUCCACCACCGUUUGGCAGAGAAGCUUAUCCAGAGGAAGCCUAUAUUGCGGACUUGGAUGCCAAGAGUGGAGCAAGUCUGAAACUUACCAUUCUGAACCCACGAGGCAGGAUCUGGACCAUGGUUGCCGGCGGAGGAGCCUCUGUUGUGUACAGCGACACCAUCUGUGACCUUGGUGGGGUGGAUGAGCUAGCAAAUUAUGGGGAGUAUUCUGGAGCCCCAAGUGAGCAGCAGACCUAUGACUACGCCAAGACCAUCCUGUCUCUUAUGACUAGAGAAAAACAUCCUGAUGGUAAAAUCCUUAUCAUCGGGGGCAGUAUUGCCAAUUUUACCAACGUCGCUGCAACUUUUAAGGGUAUUGUCCGAGCCAUUAAAGACUUCCAGGGACCAUUGAAGGAACAUGAAGUUAUGAUAUUUGUGAGACGAGGUGGACCAAACUACCAGGAGGGACUCCGUGUGAUGGGUGAAGUAGGUAAGACAACUGGAAUUCCAAUUCAUGUGUUUGGUACUGAAACACACAUGACAGCAAUUGUGGGAAUGGCACUGGGCCACAGACCAAUUCCAAACCAGCCUCCUACUGCUGCCCAUACGGCCAAUUUCCUCCUGAAUGCCAGUGGCAGCUCCUCAACCCCUGCACCCAGCAGAACCGCAUCCUUCUCAGAAUCCCGCCAGGAAGACAUCACUCCGGCAAAAAAGCCAAAGCCGACUAUACCCAACGAUACAGCGGCUGUACACGGACCAGCUAAAGCGAAGGCGACUACUCUGUUCAGCCGACAUACCAAAGCUAUAGUAUGGGGCAUGCAGACCCGGGCUGUGCAAGGCAUGCUGGACUUUGACUACGUAUGUUCACGGUCCGAACCAUCAGUUGCCGCAAUGGUUUAUCCUUUCACUGGGGACCAUAAGCAGAAAUUCUACUGGGGACACAAAGAAAUUCUCAUCCCGGUUUUUAAGAACAUGGCCGACGCCAUGAGAAAGCAUCCAGAAGUGGACGUUCUCAUCAACUUCGCCUCUCUAAGGUCUGCCUAUGACAGCUCCAUGGAGACCAUGAAUUACCCUCAGAUCCGCACGAUUGCGAUAAUUGCGGAAGGAAUUCCUGAGGCUUUGACCAGGAGGCUUAUCAAGAUGGCUGACGAAAAGGGCAUCACCAUUAUUGGACCUGCAACAGUUGGGGGCAUCAAGCCUGGUUGUUUCAAGAUUGGGAACACUGGAGGAAUGCUGGAUAACAUCCUGGCCUCUAAACUUUAUCGUCCCGGAAGUGUGGCUUAUGUGUCUCGCUCUGGGGGGAUGUCCAAUGAACUGAACAACAUCAUCUCCAGGACCACCGAUGGCGUUUAUGAAGGUGUGGCUAUCGGCGGAGACCGAUAUCCUGGUUCCACCUUUAUGGACCAUGUUCUCCGGUAUCAAGACACUGAAGGAGUUAAAAUGAUGGUAGUCCUUGGAGAGAUUGGUGGCACCGAGGAAUAUAAGAUCUGUCGUGGUAUUAAAGAAGGCCGACUCACCAAGCCCAUCGUCUGCUGGUGUAUAGGCACUUGUGCCACCAUGUUCUCAUCUGAGGUGCAGUUCGGGCAUGCUGGAGCGUGUGCCAACCAGGCGUCGGAAACUGCAGUUGCCAAAAACCAGGCCUUGAAAGAAGCCGGAGUGUAUGUGCCACGUAGCUUUGAUGAGCUGGGCGAUGUCAUCCAGUCCGUGUAUGAAGAUCUAGUGGCCAAGGGAGAAAUAGUGCCAGCAGAGGAGGUACCACCGCCUACAGUUCCAAUGGACUACUCAUGGGCAAGGGAGCUGGGAUUGAUCAGAAAACCGGCCUCCUUUAUGACCAGUAUUUGUGAUGAGCGGGGGCAGGAACUCAUUUAUGCAGGGAUGCCCAUAACAGAUGUUUUCAAGGAGGACAUUGGGAUCGGUGGAGUGUUGGGACUUCUUUGGUUCCAAAGACGGGUACCCAAGUACGCCUCCCAUUUUAUAGAAAUGUGUCUGAUGGUUACGGCAGACCAUGGCCCGGCUGUGUCCGGAGCCCAUAACACUAUUGUCUGUGCCAGAGCUGGAAAAGAUCUCAUCUCCAGUCUGACCUCAGGCCUGCUCACCAUAGGAGAUCGCUUUGGUGGGGCCCUGGAUGCCGCAGCCAAGAUGUUCAGCAAAGCUUUCGAUAGUGGCCUCAUCCCGAUGGAGUUUGUAAACAAGAUGAAGAAGGAGGGAAAACUUAUUAUGGGGAUCGGUCACAGAGUCAAAUCUAUCAACAAUCCAGACAUGCGAGUACAGAUCCUGAAAGACUACGUCAAACAACACUUCCCCGCCACCCCCUUACUAGACUACGCUCUGGAAGUGGAAAAGAUCACCACCUCAAAGAAACCUAAUCUGAUCCUGAAUGUAGAUGGAUUAAUCGGUGUCGCAUUUGUGGAUUUACUGAGGAACUGUGGUUCAUUCACAAGGGAAGAAGCGGAUGAAUACAUUGAUAUUGGGGCAUUGAAUGGCAUCUUUGUAUUGGGACGAAGCAUGGGCUUUAUCGGGCAUUACUUGGACCAAAAGCGGCUGAAGCAAGGACUGUACCGGCACCCGUGGGAUGACAUCUCUUAUGUCCUGCCCGAGCACAUGACCAUGUAGACAUUUGAAGGACACUCCCAUUAGAAUACUUGAUAUGUCGUCGCACACAAGGUGGACACUUCCCGUGUGCCGGCUCCCUGCGUAGCUCCUGCAAUGCAAACCACGACUAGAAUACACGUUGCUCUUUAUGUCUUAAUUUCAUUGGUUUUCGUUGGCGUGUGUCUUUUUUUUUUUAAUUUCUAUUUGGUUUCCACUUUUUUUUAUUUUUAUCUUCCAACGCCUUAUUCCUGGCUAAUGUGUUACAUCCUUUUAUUUUGAUAUGUGUAGAAAAUGAAUUGACAGCUGUAUUUAUUAAAUGGAAAUGGCAUUCA